GCACUGACAGGUGGAGGGCAGAAGCGCAGAAGUGAAUCGUCCCUCGCACAGCUCAGUCCCGCAGAACCGCAGCCUGAAAGAAAGGGAGCUGGAGAGAUGGGUCGCUACUCAGGGAGGAGCAGCAGGCUCAUCUUUAUGUCCCUUUUAAGCAUCGCUCUUUUUGCUGUCGAGAUCUCAGUAGCAUACAUUGGCAAUUCUCUUUCCUUAGCUUCAGAUGCCUUCGCGGUUCUCUCUCACUUCAUCUCCAUGAUCAUCGGUUUGCUCGGUGUGAGGUUCAGUCGCAUCAGAUGGCACAAGGCAAACACUUUCGGCUUCAGCCGGGCAGAUGUGCUGGGAGCCUUUGGCAACUCUGUUUUUGCCACUGCUCUCAUGUUCAGCAUCUUCGUUGAGGCAAUCAAGAGGUACAUCAACCCUCAGAAGACAGAGAAAGCACUGCUUGUCCUCAUUGUCGGGAUCGUAGGUCUGUCCUUCAAUGUGUUCAACUAUAUUCUCUUCAUGGACUGCUGUUUCUGUCGUGCACCUCAAGGAGACCCUGAAACAGGUGAAUCACCUAAUGACCAAAAAAGCCCUGAGGAGGGGCCUGGGAGGAAAGUAGAGAAAAAGUCCGAAGCUUUGAACAUCAGAGGUGUUCUUUUGCAUGUUAUGGGAGAUGCACUUGGAUCUGUUGUUGUGGUAGUUGCUGCUACAAUCUUCCACGUGCUUCCUCUGGAGGCUAGUGCUCCCUGUAACUGGCAGUGCUACAUUGAUCCAAGCCUGACAAUAGUUAUGGUGUUCAUAAUCUUGUCUUCAGCGUUCCCACUCAUCAAAGAGACCUCAAUUAUUUUGUUGCAGAUGGUUCCCAAAGGUGUUAAUAUGCAACUACUGACUGACAGGCUAGCUCGCAUCCCAGGGGUUAGCAGCCUUCAUGACGUGCAUGUGUGGGAGCUUGCAGGUGGCAAGAACAUUGCUACUCUUCAUGUGAAGUGCCAAACCCCUACUGAUUACCAAGAUGCUGCCUAUAAAAUACGGAAGGUUUUCCAUGAAGCAGGGAUCCACUCUGUGACCAUCCAACCUGAGUACAUUGACCACAAGACCUCCAAUGUCCUGUGCAGCUCACCUUGCAUCUCAAAAGCUUGUGACUCUCAGCUCUGCUGCAGUCAACAGGAAGCACCACUGGCUAAAACUAAUGGUUAUACUGAAAAAAAUGAUAGCUGCCUUUCUGCACAGCGUAAAGACAAUGGUUCAAGUAAAAGUGAUGUUGAAAUCCGUAUUGACUCUCCACUGACAGAGAAUGGUGUUAAAGACAUGAAAAAUGGGGAAGUGUCUGAUGACAAGUCACAGUUGAGCAGUACACGAUUUUAAACAAUUCUGUCUACUCUGCAAAAUGUUUUCGUAGAAUAAAUGUGUCCAGGCAAGGAAGUGUGUCAGCAGUGGCUGUAGGUGAAGGUGGUAUGGCAAAAAGAUUUCUGUGCUUUAGCUGUAAACCAAAAUACACCAAAAAAGCACGCAUCUGAGAUGAGGCUUAAUAUUUCCAUAAAAGGUGUUGCGUUCAUCUAAGAUUUUUUUCUGAUACAGCCUAGCACAGUUCCUUAUCAAACUGUGUGUUUGUUCCUAUUGCUUGAGUGGGCGAGGUGUAUUAUUGUCUACUCUGAUGCUUGCAGUGUAUGGCCAGUACCGCUGGGAAUGAAAAUGAGCUGCUGCCUGAGAGCUCUGUAGCAAGUUAAUGAUUGUACUGGGCUGAAGUACAGCGUGUUUAUAAUGGACUUAAGUAGAGAUGUUUUACUGAUCCUCAGAACCAACUUUGCAUAGCCAGUAACUUGUACUUCUGAAGCUUCUGAAUGAAACUAAGGGUGUCUGAAUGAUGGAAGGGAGAGCACUCGGGAAUAGUUGGCUUGCAUUAUUUUCUUGACUUCUGUAUUUAGGGGCAGGGCAGGAGAUGGUCUUGCUUCUCUGAUAGUAAUUCUGGAACUUUAGCCUAAUCACAGAUACUUCAUGCUUAAGAACAUGCACUGUGUCACGAAAGUAAGGAAUUACUAGCCUUGUCUAUAUUGAUUCUAGCAAAUGAAAAUGCAAGCAGUCAUCCAAUUAACUUAUGAUCUAGUUCACUGUUAUGAUUACACAACUCAGUUCUUACCCUGCUCCUCCCUUCCGAACAACAGAAGUUGAAACAGAUGAUGUUAAUUCAUUACUGUGGGGAACGAUUGCGGUAUAUUUAAUUCUAGCAUCUGCCCUUAUCCUUGCUGAAUAAAUAAGCUGGUAUGUCUAUUAUGAGUAAUUAAAACUCUGCAAUUCUAUUAUUGAGACACAAUUUUAUAUUCAUUGAGAAAUUCCAUUUGAAGUUUUCUAAAACAAUAUAAUGACUUAGAGGGAACUUUUUUAAUAUUAAAAAAAGAACAGAUCUGGGAGCUUUUUCUAUUUUAUUCCUAAUUUGUUCAUUUAUUGAAAAAAACCUAAGCCCUCCCCCUGCCCGGUUGUGCAUUUUGAAGAUGACACGCCCAGUCACCAAAUGUUGGAUUUUGGUCUGCUCUCCAGCUUUUUGGGAGGGGGGGACCCAGUACCUAAUCUACGCUGAGUGCAGUUCUUAGCCUCCAGAACUUUCAAAUACAUUUUUGCAAUUGAAAGCAGCUUUUCAGUGCUCCGUGUGGCCUGGACAGGCUAUUUAGGAAGCUAUUCGUGAAGACAUCUUUAUAAAAUAGUGGUUUCUUUAACUCAGGGAAAACAUAGUAGAAAGGGCAAAUCAAUUUCCUGCUGGGCUGGGGAAAUAGUGGGGCCUCCUUGCAAGGCUGGCUUGGAAGCAGACAACUCCUUAGUAAGGAUGAUUACAUUAAAUCAGUGAAUAUUCAAACACACAGCAGGGUAUUUUGCUGCUUGGAAGAUUGUGUUUACUCAAGCAGUGUGAUAACAGCUUAAAUAGCACACUUCUAGGUUUGUAUUUACCCUUCUUGAGCAGUUCCUGGAUGAAUUAAAGUAUUUAUAGCCUUUACAAUAGGUUUUAAUUAUAAAAAUUGAUCUGUAUCCUAAUGCCAUUAAAACAUUGAUCCUCCCAUUCUGUUUGAUCCUGUUGGCAGAGUUUUGCUUUGCAGCUCUUGCACAAAUUGAUGAAAAUCAGCAAGCACUGCAAGAACUGCUCUGUCCUUUGGAAGGAUGUGGAGUGAAGUAAGACAGCCCUUACUUCAGGUUUCUUGUCCUUAUUUUCAUCUGUGAUGAGAUCUAAAUGGAGGGGCUUAGAUUUCUAUCACAAAUAUAUAGGUUUAUUUUCUGUGAACUGAAAUAGAAGGCUCCCAAAAUAUUGACAAAAUCUGUGCAGGAAUUUACAGCUCACAUGCUCUCUAAAGCAAGCACUCUUUCUUAAUUAUGCAUUUGUCUCUUAAAUCAGGUAAUCUUUUUAUAUAUGCAUUUUAUGAAAUGGUUUAAUGGUUGGAGUGUCAGUAUUGUUUUACUCUGGAAUUAGAGAAAAUGAGCGUGUGUAAUGUUGGGCAUUUGAUGAAAUAGACCAUCUUCAUCUUUUCAGUGUUUAUUGAAACAGUGGUUAUCUAUUUUUUAAGUUUUUGAAGUGUUGUAACUUGAAAAUACAAUGAAGUAACAUUCUUAAACAAUUUUUCUUGUCUGGUUGACUGUACUGUGAAUAAAUAGGAAAAUACCAAGGACUGUAGAAAUCUUCAGGUCUAGAAAACGAGCAAAUUUAAAAAAACAAAGCAGUUUUAUUAGCAAGCAAAGCCAACAGAGUUAUGUCAGUGAUGAGGUGAACCUUGCUUUUUCCAUGUAGGGGCUGUCAGGGUACCCAGCAAAGGUUUUUGACCCAGUAUUCUUGCCUUCCUUUCAGCUCAACAACAAAAUAUUUUUCUCCUGUUUUAAACGUGUGAUAGCUAGGCUCUGCUGGGUAGUCCUUUUCUAUUUUGAUAGAUGACAUCAUUCCAAUCAGUAUGUAUUUGAUAUUGGCUAAUUUCCCUUAAUUUCUUGGUGUUCCAAUUCUCUUGAAGUAUGCUUACCUCAUUUUGAAGUACAAUAUACUUCAGAAUUUGCACUUAUUUAUGGGCACUUGUUCUAAAUUCAGCUUUGUAGCAUAUUGCAUUGUCGUAAUUGCAUUGUCGUGCUAUGUGAUCCUCCGAUCCAUAACUGGCCAUACAUGUGACCUAGUUGUGGGGCAACAGAACACUUGCUAGCUUUAGCAAUAGUUCUGGAGAAAGAGUUAAAUCUGGAAUAAAUUCACAUGGCAGUGAAUGCAAAGGCAAUUGGCUGGCUUUCAUCAGUUAUGAGCCUUGUUUGAAUGGAAUUCGCCUUGUUUGAAUGGAAUUCAAGUUUUUGGCACCUUGUCAUAUGUUGUUCUUUCAUCAAACAUGUACAUUCAAUUACAACUCUCCAAAGUGCAAAUCUUGCCUUUGCUCUUCAAGAAAAAUAACUUGGCCUUUUCUUUUCUUUUUUUUUUUUAA